AAUCGCUGUCGUGCUGCCAAAGCCUGUCGACGGUGCAACGAGCUUCGUGUGAAGUGUGAUGCAAGCGAACGUGGCACCCCUUGCACGCGAUGUGAACACAAGAAUGAGCCUGAGUGUGCCCUCAUCGAAUCCCGCCGGGGGAUAUAUCCGCGGAAAACCCGUCGGACUGGCGACAAGAUCAGCAACAAGGCUAAUGUUGAACAGAACUCUCUAGCGCCUGUUAUGCCUGCUCGCAAGCAAUCUGCCGUAAACAAUGCCCGCAGUCAUAUCACAAACGAUGUGGAAAUUAACUGGUACAGCCAACAAACCCCAGCACUGGCCGGUGCUCCACCUGAUGACAUUUCUCCUUCAGCUCGUACGGACGUGAGCACCUCCUCUUAUCGUGAGCUCAGCUGGGCCACUAUGUUCGAUCACCUGCUCGAGAGCCACUUACGCGGCGAAGAUGUGAUUGAGAAGGGCUCGAUUACUUAUCUUGGGGAAUCGUUUCCCCUGGCUAUCGUUCUGGAGGAGCUUGAUGGGCGUAAGGGACGACCGCGGCUCCAUCACCCCGGACCACCAUACCCUGUCAAUGAAGAGUUGACUCUGCCUCGGGACACGCAUCCCGGCCACAUGCUACCUGAAGAGGUCGCAUUUCUGGAGGCCAAGAAGGCCUUUGAAUCACCCGAUAGAAAAACACUUGACGCUCUAGUCGACACAUUCUUAACACGGGUGUUCUGCUUGUACCCCAUUCUGAACUGUGGAGAGUUCAUUGAAGACUACAAGGCUAAGAGAGUGCCCUGGAUUCUUCUCCAUGCGUUGUGCUUCAUCUCUGCGACGUUCUGUCCGCUCAAGAUACUCCACCAAGCCGGUUAUGAGAAUCGCAGACAGGCGAGAUGGACGUUUUACACGAAGGCCAAAGCUCUGUUCGACAUUGGCUACGAAAGCAAUAAAAUUGUUGUCUUACAAGUGUCCAUCCUUUUGAGCUUCUGGGGAGGUGGGCCAAACAAUUACUGGAAUUUCUACUCCUGGAUUGGUACUGGUGUCACGAUCGCCGAAGCAUUGGGCUGUCAUCGCUCGCUGGCUGGUACGAACAUGGAACCGCGAGAUAGAAGCUUGCUCAAGAGGCUAUGGUGGAUACUUGUUUUGAGAGACGCAAACUGUUCCGCUCUGGUUGGUCGUCCGUUCCGAGUAAACUUGGACCACUGCGAUGCUGAUCCUUUGACGCCGGAAGACUUCAUGAGUGAGACGACAGCUGCUUACCACGAGCUGAAUCCGCACUUUGGCUCUUACCAAAUCGAGGCCAUGAAACUAACUUUGAUUCUACGUCAAAUUAUAACGGCUCGCUUCUCUCCCUCUCGUCCGCAACCACAGAUCACAAGUUCUCUCACGGAAAUACUGCUGAAAUGGCGAGCGCAAUUACCUCAACAUUUCACCUGGACGGACGCGGCUGCAGCGGGCUCCAGCAUCUUAUUGGGCAGCUUGAGAGUUCUCUACAAUCAUCAUUUGAUACUUGCGAAUCUCAAUGCCCCUCCGGAAGGUAGUGUGCGGCCUGGCUUUGCUGCCGUCUACAUGAACCAGUCCCUUGCAGAAGACACAUGUAUUAUCGCAGCACAGCAGAUUGCCUCUACCGCAUGUGAUGUUGUAGUCAAAUCGGACAUACUAACUGCUCCUCACGAGCUACUGCAUGGCAUUUUCAUCGCUGCGGUCACUUUUUACAUGCAGACCAAGAGUCCGAGUUUGAUGAAUGCUCAAUCAGGAAGAUCGGGAUUGAGUAACUGUCAAAUGGUUUUGCACGAGAGCAGAGGCGCUUGGGAUCCUAGCCCAUGGAUCCUGCAGCUACUCGAC